AUGGCCGCCCUGACCAUCAACUCCAAGAUCAAGCUCCCCAGCGGCUACGAAAUUCCCCAGCUGGGAUAUGGCGUGAGUUUUGCUUCUCCCCCAGAAGACACUGAAAGAGUGUCCAAGCUAGCCCUUGAAGCUGGCUACACCCACUUCGACUCGGCAGCCUUCUACGACAACGAAGACGGCGCGGGCAGAGCCAUCCGCACCGGCACCAAGCUCCCGCGCGAGCAGAUCUUCUUCACCUCCAAGGUACCGCCCGGAAGCGUGUCGUACGAUGGCGCCAAGGCGACCAUCGAACAAACGCUCGCCAAGUCGGAGCUCGGCUACGUGGACCUGAUGCUGCUGCACGCGCCGUACGGCGGGUCGGCGAACCGCAAGGGCGCGUGGCGCGCGCUGGUCGAGGCCGUCGAGGCCGGCAAGGUGCGCAGCAUCGGCGUCAGCAACUACGGCGUCCAGCACCUCGACGAGCUGGAGCGGCACAUUGCCGAGCUCGAGGUCGAGCGCGGCGGCCCCGGCAAGGGCGGCGUGCUGAGCGCCGGCCAGUGGGAGAUCCAUCCCUGGUGCGCCCGCCGCGACAUCACCGACUGGUGCGCCGCGCGCGGCGUCGCCGUCCAGGCCUACACUCCGCUCGUCCGCGGCAAGCGCUGGGGCGAGCCGGCCCUCAAGAAGCUCGCCGACAAGUACGGCAAGUCCGAGGCCCAGGUACUCGUCCGAUGGAGCCUGCAGAAGGGCUUCAUCCCGCUCCCCAAGAGCGUCACGCCCGACCGCAUCCGGUCCAACGCCGACGUCUAUGACUUUGCCCUCACCCCCGAGGAGGUCGCCGGCCUCGAGACGGACGGCUACACCCCCGUCGCCGGCUGGGAUCCCACCGUUGCGCCGCUUGAGGCUUGA